UGUUUGUUUAUAAAAUUGUGAAUGUAUUUUAUUUGAUUAACUUACCUACCUACUUAUAUUAGUAAAUGUGCAUCGAUCUCAAUGUUAAUUUACCGACGUUGGUGUCUUUUCUACUUUUAUAUUCUUUGAAAACUGGAUGCAUUGUUAUAUUAAUAUGGACUUUGUUACGAUCCCUUUCCUUGCUAAUAUUCUUCAUCCUUGCGAUGGUGGAUACCUUCCUGCCAGUCUCCUUGCCUCUAACAGCCAUGCUCAUGGCGAAGAGACCACCAGACGAUGACCACUACUUUCCCGUGUUCACUGGCCACCUUAUAAUGAUUAUUACUGAGAGCUUUCUUUUUAUUUUCUCAAUAGUUUUGGGUUCAGGAUUGUACUCUCGCAAUCCGUUCCGCAUAGGCCAAUACGUAGUAUGCAGGUUCUUCUGUUGGAUAAGUGAGACAACCUUCCUGUCCAUGCUCUGUAUCGUUCACCUGCAUCUCAUCGGCUGGUACUUAGUGUUUCUCAUGGUUAUCAUUUUAGAGUUCUACAACUUCAUCGUGGUCUACAGUUACUACAUGGACUUGAUGGAAGAAUUUCAGGAAAGAGAACAGGAGGAAAGACAAAAAGAAAAAGCUAAAUUUAUAGCAGCAGUUACAGCUAGACCUGAUUGUGAACUUGGUCUAAAUGAGGUCCGUGUCGGUCGUGACUCUAAGGCCCCAAACGGCAAAGAAAUGUUGUGCACAACUUUAUAGUGAUAGCAAUCAAGUGACAAAGAUAGCUUCGGUCGUUAAAUGUGAUAAUUCUGUAAAGGUUUAUUGUUUGUGAUUAUUAUUCAGAUAGGUAUUAUAUUAGUAAAGGAAUUUAGCAGAUUUUUUUAGUUUUUUGUUUGUAUCCUGUAGGUACCUAAUUGAAAUUGUUGAUAUCCAAAUUAAUUGGACUCUUUUCAAGGAGGUUAUUCGACUAGUUUCAAUUCAAGACACGAUAGGGGCUUAGAAUAGUUCUGUUCCUAAUG